AUUGUCCUAUUUUUUCUGAGAAUACGUUCGUACUUUCACUUAUCCAACGUACGUAUAAAUAUCUACGACCGACUACAAAGCAAAUUGCUGCUACAGAGGGAUCGGAUAGCGAGGUCAGCUCAUACGUAAUGUUGCGUCAAGACAUCUUCGACUGUCAACCUGUGGUGAAACCACAAUCGAAAAAUCUUGGACCCCCACGUCUCCUGAAGAAACCUCUGCUUGAAUAUUUUAACGAGCGGGUGGAAAACCAUGUUGAUAACGAUCCAACUCUCGCCGACCACAACGACCAACAAUUAUUGUACGGAAUUUCCUCCGAAAAGUUGAUCGCGAACCAAGAAAUUGCAUGUCUGGAUACAAAACUCGUCAAAGCUCGGGCCGCGUGGGGGGAGGAGAAGCGACUCAUGGAUGAACGAUGGCAAGCCGCUACGAUGAAACAGGACGAAAUUUUUAAACGAAUUCCCCAAUUCAAUAAUUAUUACAAAGAUCUUUUCGUCCGUCGUGACCGAGCGCGGACCCAGUUUCAAAAGGAAACCGAAAGAAUUGCCGCCGUCGAGAGAGAGCUUCGCGCAAAGAACAAAGAAAUCGACAAAUUGGAAGAAAUUCGAGAAAUGUCGGACAAUCGAUUGCUAAGAUUUACCAUUUUUAAGACAUACCUGCAACGUGCCAAGGAGAUGAGUCAAGGCGAAUAUGGCGACAUUAAGGAUCUCAUCGACCGCUACGCAAUCCUCGCGAAUGGAAGAGACACGCUUAUCAAGGAUUCUGAAAAUUUCCGAGAAAGUGUAAUGAAACGCCAGCGGUCGCUGGAUAACGAUGUUUUGCUGAAAUCCAACGAAAUAUUGGCUUACCGUAACUUUCUCACAGAAAUGUUGGAAUAUGACACCAUUCUUCGGGAGAAAGUAUUUUGGUUGGAGGACGGACUUUCCAGGAUCAAAGUUACCGCAGCCCAACGAACGCUGGUCAUUGGGCAGAUCAAAAUGGCAAUUCACAACGUUUACAAGCAAAUCGUUACCGUUCUUCAUCGCCAUGUUAAUCUCAAACCGGAAGAUACGCUCGGUCAACUGGCCGACAUUCGCAUCUCCAUCACUGAAAUAAGUCGCCUAAGUCACGACAUUCGUCGCAUGUUGAAGGCUGCCCACAUGACGGCCCGACAAGAGGCAGAGGCCCGCAACAAAUUGCUCAAAGCGCAAGAAGAAAGACAGCGAAAAGUGGACAAGUUGUUGAACAAGACGCACAAAAAUGUUUUCGAGCUGUUCAACAUUUCCACGAGAAAAAGCCAACAAAUGAACAUUUCCAAGCUCUUCUUCCCACCGAAACCCGUCCUGCGAUGAUGGUCAUGAUACGGUUUAAACCAAGUGAAUUUCUGAAUCUAGAACAAACAUUUAAUGCGCCCACACGUGUGUAUUUCGAUAAAUAAAUCAUAUUAUGAGAAGCAUGUAUGUAUGAACGAAAGGAAAAAUGUGUGUACAAAAUUUGAUACAAUUUUCCAUACCUAGAAUAUUUAAGUAUGCAAUUCGA